CGCAACUGAAGUCUGAAGCUAACUCAGUCUCGCCGUACACGUGGCACUCCAAAAAGUAUCACCUCCUAUAAAAACCGAUUCUUCCGCCUCGCGUCAACAGAAACCAUCAUUAACCCUAAUUUGCCGAACAGGUGCUGUGCCAAACUCUGAAACCCUUUAGAUCUACAGAUCUCUCGAGCUCUCGAUCUCCCCAAUCCCACAGGGAGAUUUGAAGAUGGUGUCGGACGCUAGCAAGAAGAAGGCUGCUCAGAAGAAAGCUGCCGCCGCCGCGAAAAGAGGCGGUAAAGCUGCAGCCGCUUCUAAAUCCGCCGGUACUUCUUCCAAUGGAGUUGCUAGCUUGUCCAGUGGUGUCGAGGCCCUUCAGAUAUCUGAUCGGACCUGUACCGGAAUUCUCUGCUCUCAUCCACAGUCUAGGGAUAUUAGGAUAGAAUCUCUGUCUGUCACGUUUCAUGGUUAUGACCUCAUUGUCGAUUCAAUGUUGGAGCUUAACUAUGGAAGACGUUACGGCCUGCUUGGGUUGAACGGGUGUGGAAAGUCCACCCUUUUAACUGCAAUUGGGCUCAGAGAGCUGCCGAUUCCUGACCACAUGGACAUCUACCAUCUCUCCCACGAGAUUGAAGCCACUGACAUGACUUCCCUUGAGGCUGUCAUGAGCUGUGACGAGGAGAGGUUGAGGUUGGAGAAGGAAGUCGAAACUCUGGUUGAGCAGGACGAUGGAGGCGGAGAGCGUCUUGACACCAUCUAUGAGCGGCUAGAAGCCAUGGAUGCUUCAACCGCAGAGAAGCGUGCUGCUGAGAUUCUGUUUGGUCUUGGUUUCGACAAGGAGAUGCAGGCUAAGAAAACUAAAGACUUUUCUGGUGGUUGGAGGAUGAGAAUUGCAUUAGCAAGAGCUCUCUUCAUAAUGCCAACAAUCCUUUUGCUUGAUGAGCCGACAAAUCAUUUAGAUUUGGAAGCUUGUGUGUGGUUAGAGGAGAGUCUGAAGAACUUUGAUCGCAUCCUUGUUGUGGUAUCCCACUCACAGGAUUUCUUGAAUGGUGUCUGCACAAACAUCAUCCACAUGCAAAGCAAACAGCUCAAGUACUACACUGGCAACUUUGAUCAGUACUGCCAGACCCGUUCUGAGCUCGAGGAGAACCAGAUGAAGCAAUACCGAUGGGAGCAGGAGCAGAUCUCCCACAUGAAGGAGUACAUUGCUCGGUUUGGUCACGGUUCAGCCAAACUCGCUCGUCAAGCACAGAGUAAGGAGAAAACGUUGGCAAAGAUGGAGAGAGGUGGGCUCACUGAGAAGGUCGCCAGGGAUAGCGUUCUCGUUUUCCGUUUCGCUGAUGUCGGGAAGCUGCCACCGCCGGUGCUUCAGUUUGUGGAGGUCUCCUUUGGGUACACACCUGACUACCUCAUAUACAAAAACCUCGACUUUGGUGUGGACUUGGACUCGAGGGUCGCUCUUGUUGGACCCAAUGGAGCUGGAAAGAGUACCCUUUUGAAGCUCAUGACUGGUGAACUGCACCCGACUGAAGGAAUGGUGCGUCGUCACAACCAUCUGAAGAUUGCUCAGUACCAUCAGCAUCUGGCUGAGAAGCUAGACCUGGAGCUGCCUGCACUUCUCUACAUGAUGCAGGAGUUCCCAGGUAACGAAGAGGAGAAGAUGAGAGCUGCGAUUGGUAGGUUUGGUCUGACGGGCAAGGCUCAGGUAAUGCCGAUGAAGAAUCUAUCUGACGGACAGAGGAGCCGUGUGAUAUUCGCUUGGUUGGCUUACAAGCAGCCUAACAUGCUUCUGCUGGAUGAGCCGACUAACCAUUUGGAUAUUGAGACUAUCGACUCUCUUGCCGAGGCACUGAACGAGUGGGAUGGUGGUUUGGUUCUGGUGAGUCACGACUUCAGGCUGAUCAACCAAGUGGCUCAUGAAAUAUGGGUUUGUGAGAAGCAGUGCAUUACCAAAUGGAACGGUGACAUUAUGGACUUUAAGAAGCACCUCAAGGCUAAAGCUGGACUUGAGGAUUGAAGAUAAAGUCAAGUCUGUCUCCUCUCGAAGGAAGAAUGGCCAAGACUCGAUUGGGUCAUGCCCCCGAGAGAGCGAGAAGGAUGAUGGUUUUGGGAAUGGUUUUUAACGAGUUCUGAAGCCGCACCUGAGACGAACCAUACUCAUAAUCUCUGGAUUUCUUAGGCACUAAGAGGUCAGAGAUUCUUCUUUAUUAGUUUUUAUUAUCAUUGUGCACUUUUUUUUUUUGGUUGAACGUUUUUUUGAAAGGCGAAAGAGAGAGAGACAUGGAAAAAGUAAUAUUUUUGGUGGUAUUGUAGAAUUUUUAUUUUUCUUUUAUGACUGAGAUGUUGACGAUUAUGGUAUUAUUUUAAUAUAAAUGUGCGAAUCUUUUCGUUAAUUAGAUUCGAAUACUCGUUGGACAAGCAUCCGAAUAUUCUGUCCUUAUAAUCAAUAGAAGGAAUCAUGAUUCAACAGAGUUGCUCAGAGA